CAGCAGAAACAGUUGACAGUAACAGAGGCAGGCAGGGCGGUGAGGGUCGAAACUGACCUUCCCCACUUGGUCGGUUUGGGAAGUGGGAGAUUUAGUACAGCGGUCACACUUCAUCCACUUCCUGAAGGUUCCACCACAGUAGGCAACAGUAACAGUGACAUCAUCAUCCGUGGCCGCCACAUGGAGCCACAACAUUGCUACUUCGUCAACGAGAAUGACGUAGUCGUCCUCUUCCCCAUCAGUGACGUCAUCAGCGUCGAUGGUGCCAAGGUCACCAGACCCACUGUGCUAUCCCAAGGCUCCAUGAUCUGCUUCGGACGCAACCAGUACUAUCGUUUCAACCAUCCGGCCGAAGCCCAGCACUUGAAGAGU